ACAAAUAUUUCCAACGAUUUUGUUGCAUUGAAAUAACGAUGCAGCAUGCGAGCGUUUUGUACUGUCAGCGCGCCAUUAGAAGUAUGCGCGUCCUCGGCCGAACAGCUAUCACCGGGCUCAAGAUUUUUAGCACUAAGGCUUCUAGGCAAUCAACAACCCAAAACCUUAUACUUCCUAGUCGAUGCCAAGAGUCGAGUCAGAGAAGUGUAUACGCAGACAUGUCUACAUUUUGCCACACAAGGCAUGCUAGAUACCGAACUAUUCGGUUUAGCUGUGUUGAUAGAUGGCGAAUACAUGUUUGCCGAUCCCGAGAGCAAACUAUCCAAAUAUGGUCCAAAAAGUUGGCGUUCCUCGCACACACAUGGUCUCGAUGCCAAUGGUCGCCCUUUGUUGGAGCUGCACUUUCGGGUGCAAUUCUAUAUCGAGAGCCCGUUCAUGUUAAAAGAUGAGACGACGCGACACAACUAUUAUCUCCAAUUAAAAUACAAUGCCCUACAGCGUGACAUACCAAGAGAAUAUGCGGAACAGUCGAUGAUAUUGCUGGCGGGUUUGGCAUUGCAGGCGGAUUUGGGUGAUGCUCCGACGAGCGGCGGCGGCAAUAACAACAAUGGUGGUGGAAAUAACAACAAUGGUGGAACAGGUGGUGAUUGUAAAACUUCCAGCGACAGUGGCCAAGGUGACAAUACUACGAAACAGGACAAUGGAGAAGCGAAGGGAAAUAAAACCGGGACGAGCAGCAGCACUACAACCUUGCCAAAGAUUAGUAAACGUGCUAAUAUGGUAAAUGAGCGGGUAUUACGUUUGUCCAGUUAUAUGGCCUCAAGCUCCAGGGACCAUCCAUCAGCAACGGGUAUGGAUGGCUUGAAGCGGAUUAUUGGUUCGUCAGCAGUUAAAUCACCACUCUCACCCUCUUCCUCGUCCGCAUCAUCGAUUAGUCGAGGUCCCAGCAAUGCCUCCACGAAUGCUUCGACAGUUUCAACAAAUGCCAGCUCUUCAUGUGCGGAUUAUUUUCGUUUAGAAGAUUAUCUGCCCGAACAUUUGAGGACAGCCUGGGCUGCCAGUGCUCUAAGGGCCUGCCAUCGUGAAAAUCGUGGCCUGUCACAGGCCGAUGCAGAACUCCAUUACAUCCAGCAAGCCUGUUUGGUCAACGAAUGCAUCAAUGCCCACACGUUUCGUAUGCGUAUGAGCAAAAAUGAGUUGGGUCCAGGAAAUUCAUGGUUUGUGGUCUACGCUAAGGGUAUAAAAAUUUUCGGAGGUGCCACCGGUCCGGAUGGACAGCAGCAGCAGAUAACCUUCCUAUGGCCAAAUAUCACAAAACUCUCCUUCGAACGUAAAAAAUUCGAAAUUCGAUCGGGUGAAAGUAAAAUCACCCUGUUCGCCACUUCGGAUGAGAAGAAUAAAAUGCUGUUGACCCUAUGCAAGGAAACGCAUCAGUUCAGUAUGAAAAUAGCGGCACGCCUUAAGGAGGUCAUUAAGCGUGAGGAGGAGGAAAGUAAUUGCCUGCAUGCCUGUUACGUCUACUCGCGUAGCCUUCAUUUGCCGACCUAUAAAAAUAAAAGCGAUCAACGGAUAUCGGUUAUAUCGAGUACCAGUUCCAAUACCACUUCGGGUAUUGUCAGUGAUCGGGUGCAUUCGGAAGAUGAGCUGGAGAUAAUGAUUAAUUCACCACCGGCUCCCAUUGCUGCUCCGUCGACGGAAAGUUUGGCAUUGGCCCAUUUGCUGGAUAGACCCAGUGUUAGUAGGCAAACAUCUUCGGUAGGGCAGGUAUCUCUAAAGGAUUUGGAAGAACAGCUGGCGGCCUUGACGGUGCGUCAAGCCCAGAAGCAGAGAGAAUCUCCAACGGAAUUGAGUAAUACCUCCUCGGCGGGAAAUUCCACCUCGACAAGUGGUUCGUCGCUACCAGUUCCCAUGGCCGCAGGAAGCCAGCGUAAUAAUACCGACUCAUCGACAGAUUCCCCCUCUUCGCAGCACAACAUUGGCUCACAAUGUUCCUCGACCUGCAGUACCGUAGUUGUGGCAUCUUCCACAGCAAAUGACAACAACAAUUCCCUGGCCACCUUGGCAGUGCGCUCAAGUGUUCUGAAUUCUUCCGAUUCCAAUUCGCCGCAUCAUCAUCAUCAUCACCAUCAACGGAAAAAUUCCACAUCAUCCAGUUUGGAAUUGGGUUUCAGUCACACGGCACAAAAUUCCACCCUAUCCGAACCGGAAUCGACCUGUAUCGAUCAUGAUUUUAUUGCCGCGUCGUCCAAUCAGGAUGAAAAUGAAAGUGUUUCGGGGGUGUAUACCUUGGCCCAUGCAGUGGCCCCUACCGAAACCUCAGGUGUGUACACCAUGCACAGUAGUGAAAUGACCGGCCAAUCUUCAGAAAUGGCUGAAUCGGAAAAAAGUUCCCAUUAUGGCAUUUUUCAACCGGCCAGCGGAAGCGGCAGUGAAGUGAAGCAUAAGCUACAAGACUCCGUAGAUGGAGGAGGAGGGGGACACAGCGGAGUAGGGGAAGCCUCCGCCGGAGGAUUAGGUGGCCUCGCCACCUAUCGUGGUAAACGUUUGAAAAAUUCCGAUUUUCGUUUACGUUCCGAUUCGAAUGUCAGCACCAGUGACUCGUUCCGUGGUGAUGGCAGUGAUCCCACCGACAACAAGCAUUCCCUGCUCUCGGCCGAAGAGUUGACGGAGUUGAUUGUGGGUCGCGGGUCAUAUCCGAAUCGUAAGACGGUAUCGAAUACCCUGGACUCGGAUUGCGAUUAUGUCACAUUGCCUCUGUCGAUGUCGGGGGAAUCUUAUAUCCAAGGCCAUCAAGAUACUGCACCCACAGAAGAUCAUGUGGAAGAUUUGAUUAGCGAUCUAUUGCCCACCGAUCCUCCAGCACCACCUAAGCGGGUCGAUAGCAACAUACCCAGUUUGAGUAAUAUACAAAUGCGUUCGCCGCCACCCUAUAAUGCGAGGCAUAAGACGACUGGAUUGUGUGGGCCACCCAUAAGGUCUACCACCACGACAACAACAACAACAUCCACAUUGAAUUCUGGAGGAACUACAUCGACCACCUUACCACCAGCAGUGGCCCCACCGCCACCUUUGGCCUCUGGGAAAACUACCUCCACCAUGGGUGCGCCAGCGGGACCCACAGUCAUUAAGCGACGCAAUCCACCACCCUACCCCUUGGCCACGAAACCACGACCAACCUCUCUCAUUUCUGUUGCCUCUUCAAGUUCCUCACUCAAUCAAGCGCCAGCCAAUGGCUAUCCCAAUGUUGGCGGAUCAAUGACAUCCUUGAAAUCCGAAGAAAUUACCGCCCGUUUUAUAACCACAAGGCCACAAAUAAAUAUUCUCAAGGCCCACACAUCCGUCGUGAAUGAGAAUCCGAAGCCGAGUUAUGCAGCACCGACCAAUUGUUCCUCCGCUGCCUCAUCCACCGGGUCUGUGUGUAGCCAUCAUCUACCCAGUCAUUUGUCACAAUUAUCGGUUCCUAAUUCCAAUUAUGUUAGCGGUUCACAGGCAUCGCUGAACAUGCAGUUGCAUGCGGCCUCCACCCCUACAACACCUACCCAUUCGUCCACCAUGUCGGUGACCUCAAUGGGUCAUCAAGCAGGAGGUGGAUUACCCAACUCAUUGAGUGGUGGUAUGCCAGCGCUACACCACCCAUACUCCCUACAUGGUGGUCACAAAUCCAUGUCCUCGCUGCACCACCACCAUCAUCAUCACCACCAGCAACAGCCUCCGCCACCACCACCACCAUACCCUUCGGAAUUGAAGCAACCCACCCCAAGGACAUGUGUUCUCCUCCCUGUCAUCAAGCCACGACAAUAUUUGCCGCCACCACCACCCUCACUACCCAGGCAACCACCGCCUCCACCACCAACCCAAUUGGCCAGCCUCUACACCACCGCCAACCCACUGGCCCACAAACAACUGGAACUCUAUCAACAACAACUGUACAGUGAUGUGGACUAUGUCAUCUAUCCGCUGCAAGAUCCGGCCGUCAGUCAACAGGAAUAUUUAGAUGCCAAACAGGGCUCUAUGUUGGCAGCCAUGGCUCAAUCACCACCUCCGCCGCCGCCCUCACAUGCCGCCCACCAUCACCACCACCCCUAUUUGGCAGCUGCAGCCUAUCAUCAUCAUGCUGCCGCAGCCGCUGCAGUCUCCCAUCAUCACCAUCAGGCAUAUGAGGCCUGUAAAGGUCAUGCGAUUUAUCGCAGCACCCCCUAUCUGCCAUUGGCCUUGACCACACAUUCGCGUUAUGCCUCAACACAAAAUCUAUCCGACACCUAUGUCCAACUACCAAGUGCCGCCGCCGCCUAUUCGCCCAUGUAUUCGCCCUCGAUGGCCAGUAUAUGUUCAUCAUAUGAACCACCACCACCGCCGCCUUUACAUCCUGGCGCCGUGACAGUUUCUGCGGGUUCAACAUCGACGGCAUCACUGUUCGGCCGAUCACGUUCAGACGAUAAUAUUCUGAAUACGUUGGAUUCGUUGCCGAAAGUGAAACGAUUGCCGCCUCCGCCGCCGCCACCCUAUGUGGAUAGGCGUCUGAAGAAACCUCCGAUGCCGACGCCAACGGAGAAGCCGCCACCAAUACCCUCCAAACCCUCACCCUUAAGCCAAACUACCAGCAACCUGAACCUUGCAACAGCAGGUCAGCAGCAGCAUUUACAACAGGAUUCAAUGUCAGCUUUUCGUAGCAGUCAAUUACCCCCACGCAAACCCAUAACGCUGAGCGUUCCACGCGGCAUUAAUAGCCAUAUGACAAAGACCUCAAGUGGCGCCCAAUGGGCUGGCGAAAGACCCAAACAUGAUUUGCUCCUGGGACGCUGUCAAGAAAGCAAUAUUAUUGCCCAGCUUCAGGCCUCAGUCCAAGCGGCCAAACAGCAGGCCAGUCGUACAGCCUUGGCUGCAUCACAAUCAAAUGGAGUUGCCACAUCGAUAUCAAGUGGUGGUGGUGGUGGAGCUGGUGGUCAAACCCCACCCAGCGAAUUUGAUAUAGCCUUGCUGAGGGAGAAAAGUAAGCACUUGGAUCUGCCCUUGAUAUCGGCUCUAUGCAAUGAUCGUUCGCUGCUCAAGCAAACCAAAGUUUUGACACCGACGAACAAUAAUAAAGGUUCAAAACCAGCAACAUCAAAGGAUUCAGGUGGUGGUUCCAGUGGUUCGACAAGUUCUACACCACCUGGUAGUAGUUUGGAAAUUAAUGGUAAUAUCAAUGCCAGUACAGGAGCGGGUAAUAAUAAUAAUACCCCACCUGCAGCUUCUUCAACCACCUCAGUGGCUAAGGCCCUGACCAAUAACACUUCCUCGACUAGUACCAGCGUCCCAACUGGCCAACUAACCAAGACACGUAAAACUUCGAUACCCCACCGUCAUCCAAAUGAUAAAUUGCCUCCAUUGCCCAUGCAAUUGGCCGAGGCCAAUAAUUAUGUUAUGGAUCCGGCUGCUGUAUUGAAACAUCAUAAAAGCUAUAAUUCGCAUACGUAAAUGGCAA